AUGAAUAGCAGUGAUCCUCUAUUGGCAAACCUUAAUGCUUUCAAAGAUAAGGUCAGAGUGCCCACCCCGGUAGCGACGAAGGGAUUGGAAAAUGAUGUAAAGAAACGCACUCUCAAAGAAGAGAGCCCUGUGCCGAAGAAAGUGAAGAAAACAGAGGCAUCUGUGGCAACGGCAGCGGCAACGGCAACGGCAGCGGCAACGGCAACGGCAGCAGCGGCUGUGCCAGAGCAGAGUUUGAGUGGUACACAUUUGUCCACCAAGCUUUUAUUGGCUACAGAAUACAUCCAGGAACGCGGCGAAGCAGUGCCUAUCGAGCAGAUCGAAUCGUAUCUGUCGCUGGCGCCAGAGAACAAUGUAAUUCCUCUACUGAAAAACAUCAAUAAGAUCAAAUUCGAUCCGAAGCUGAAUACACUCCAGUAUGUGUCUAUCUAUGAUGUACAUUCAGCAGAAGAACUGUUGCAAUUGCUGCGAGCACAAGUGACAUUCAAAGGUAUAUCUUGCAAAGAGUUGAAAGACGGCUGGCCACAGUGCACUGAGGUGAUAGACGAGCUGGAAAACAAAAACCGAGUGCUGGUUUUGCGCACGAAGAAGGAUAACCAACCCAGGUUUGUUUGGUAUAAUUUUGGAGGGUCUUUGGGAAACGUGGACGACGACUUCGUGAAGAUGUGGGAGAACUGCAAGCUGCCGCAGCGUGGAGAGCUGCCGCGCAAACUGCAGGACUUGGGACUCAAGCCUGCAAGUGUGGAUCCAGCUACGGUAAAACGGCAAUCCACUCGCGUUGAGAUCAAGAAAAGAAAACAACGCAAGGGUAAAAUUACGAAUACACAUAUGGCAGGCAUCCUCAGGGACUAUUCGGAUCGGGCCUAG